GAAAAUCUCGCUCAUUCUCACCUUCUUCUUCCCCGCAAUUCUCUGAAACUAGAAAUAUAAACCCUAGCUGUUUCUGCUUCUUUUUAGCCGAUUUUCGUUUUUAUAAUAAUUUCUUUGUAUUCUGUGAUCUUUGUAUGCUGAGGUUCUCAUUCGGUAGUUGAAUUCCGGUUUGUUAUCUCUUUACCAUUUCACAUUUUUCUAGAUUCAUCCUAUAUAUUAUCUUCUUCUGAUCGAUCUGGUGAUAUACACCGUUCGUGUGUGUGAUUUAGGGUUCAAAUCUCUAUAUUUCCGACGUAUCUUCAGCUUCUUUUGAGGGGGUAGCCGGGGCCAUCGGCCUCGGCGGCUUUUAAAGCCCCCACCCAUACACCAGAAAUUGGUAAACAUUACUAAUCUCAUUAUUCUUUUAUUCUUUUAAACCGAUUCGGAUAACAGAUCGGGGAAGAGAAGAUAUGCCGGCGGCUUGUUAUGUUGAUUCUCCUUCACUUGCCGCAUGGGAAACCGCUCUUCCCACGCCGGAUGAUGACUUUUCAUUCUCCGGUGUUCCUCAACCGGAUGAUUCCGUCUCCAUCUGGUCACCAACUCACUCCUCUUCUCUCUACAAAGUUGAUGGAUGGGGCGCUCCUUAUUUCUCCAUCAAUAGUUCCGGCAACAUCUCCGUCAGGCCGUACGGAACCGAUACCUUGGCUCAUCAAGAGAUUGACCUAAUGAAGGUCGUUAAGAAGGCUUCCGAUCCGAAAUCAUCUGGCGGUCUAGGUUUGCAGCUUCCAUUGAUUGUUCGUUUUCCUGAUGUGCUGAAAAACCGCCUUGAAUCGCUGCAAUCCGCGUUUAAUUUCGCGAUUGAGUCGCAAUGUUAUGAGUCUCAUUAUCAGGGAGUUUAUCCUGUGAAAUGUAACCAGGAUCGAUUCGUUGUUGAGGAUAUUGUUAAGUUUGGUUCGUCUUUUCGUUUUGGAUUGGAAGCUGGAUCGAAACCGGAGCUUCUCCUUGCUAUGAGCUCUCUCUGUUAUGGAAGCUCUGAAGCUUUACUUGUCUGCAAUGGAUUCAAGGACGCGGAAUACAUCUCCCUUGCUCUUAUCGCGAGAAAGCUUGCGAUUAACACAGUUAUCGUUCUCGAACAGGAAGAAGAGAUCGAUCUAGUCAUCGAGAUGGGACGAAAGUUGAACGUCCGUCCUGUCAUCGGCCUCCGCGCGAAGCUCAGAACAAAGCACUCCGGUCAUUUCGGUUCGACUUCCGGCGAGAAAGGUAAAUUCGGUCUCACAACUACUCAAAUUCUACGCGUUGUGAAUAAACUGCAGAAAGUAGGAAUGCUGGAUUGUUUGCAACUCCUCCAUUUCCACAUCGGAUCUCAGAUCCCUACCACCGCUCUACUAACCGACGGCGUUAACGAAGCCGCUCAGAUCUACUGCGAACUCGUUCGCCUCGGCGCCGGAAUGAAAGUAAUCGAUAUCGGCGGUGGACUUGGAAUCGACUACGACGGUUCAAAAUCAGCUAACUCUGAUGUCUCCGUUGGCUAUGGACUCGACGAAUACGCAUCCGCGGUCGUUCAUGCAGUGAAAACAGUAUGCGAUCGUAAAUCCGUCAAGAAUCCAAUCAUCUGUAGUGAAAGCGGUAGGGCAAUCGUAUCUCAUCAUUCAAUUCUGAUAUUCGAAGCAGUUUCCAGCAGUCAACCGAGUAGUUCAUCGAUAAAUCCCGCCAGCCUUCAGUUCUUCAUUGACGGUCUAGGAGAAGAAGCUCUAGCAGAUUACCGUAAUUUAUCCGCAGCCGCAGUUAGAGGUGAAUACGAAACUUGCUUACUCUAUUCAGACCAGCUGAAACAGAGAUGUGUUGAUCAAUUCAAAGACGGAACUCUAAACAUGGAAGAACUCGCAGCUGUGGAUGGUUUAUGCGAUAUGGUGUCGAAACUGAUCGGAGUUUCUGAUCCGAUCAAAACAUACCACGUAAAUCUAUCGGUUUUCACUUCAAUUCCUGAUUUCUGGGGAAUUGAACAGCUCUUCCCUAUAAUCCCAAUCCAUCGACAUGAAGAACAGCCUACAGUUAGAGGUUUCUUAUCGGAUCUGACUUGCGAUAGCGAUGGGAAAAUAGACAAAUUCAUUGGCGGGCAAACAAGUCUUCCACUUCACGAGAUAAAGGGAAACGGGUCGUACUAUUUGGGAAUGUUCUUAGGCGGGGCAUACGAAGAAGCGUUGGGUGGGGUUCACAAUUUAUUCGGCGGGCCUAGUGUGUUAAGGGUAUCGCAAAGCGAUGGUCCACAUAGCUUUGCGAUUACUCGGGCAGUUCUUGGUCCAUCUAGUAGCGAUGUUCUUCGCGUUAUGCAGUUUGAGCCCGAGAUGAUGUUUGAAACGCUUAAACAUCGAGCCGAGGAGUUUGUUGUGGAAGAUGUUGAUGGACUUGGGAUUGGACUUGUUAAUGGGCUUGCUUGUUCAUUUAACAAUAUGCCUUAUCUUUCUAAGGCUGGGGAUGAGAUCUACGGUGGAGAUGUGAAUGGGGAGGAGGAAGAACAUGGGGGUUUUAUUUGUGCUUGAGGAGCGGUUACAUUGUUUGAGGUCAAUCUGUUUUCCGUUUCUGUAUUAACUGAUACCGUUACUAUUUGUCGUUGUUUUUUUAAGAAGAAUUUCUCAUGCUGUUGUUAUCUUUAGAGUAGAAUUCGGCAUGUGAAAUUUUGGCCUUGGUUGUUUCUUUUCUCACCAUGGCAUGUUUUCUAUUUUAAUGGCAAGACUUUAAUAAUCUGAUGAAUGAUGAUGAAACCCUUGGUUUCUUUA